AGUUCUCAACUUUCAUUACAAACUUUCUCAUUCAAUUCCAUCUUAUUUUCUAACAAACAAAAGCUUCUUUUGCUUUCUUAUUUUAAAAAAAUCUUACCAACCCAAAAAAGUAUGAAGAGAGAGAGAUCUGAGUUCGAACAAUCCAUCAAGAAUCUAGACAUUGCUAGAUGUUUGAUGAUACUAUCACAAACCUCCAUAGUCAAACAAGUCGAUGUGAACCAAUAUACCGAGCGCAAUACAAGUAACCGGUUCGAGUGCAAAACGUGUAACCGGAAAUUUUCUUCGUUUCAAGCCCUAGGUGGCCACCGAGCAAGCCAUAAGAAGCCAAAGCUAUCCGUUGACCAGAAAGAGGUGAAGCAUGUUACCAACAGUUAUAAUGGAACUCGUGUUCACGAGUGUUCGAUAUGCGGUCAGAGUUUUGGGACUGGACAGGCUUUAGGUGGUCAUAUGAGACGGCAUAGGUCAAGCACGAAGGUGGAGCCAUCGCAGCUCAUAUCUCCCGUGAUUCCUAACGUGCCGGUUCUGAAACGAUGCAGUAGUAGCAAGAGGGUUUUGUCUUUGGAUUUGAAUCUAACUCCCUUAGAGAAUGAUCUUGAAACUAUUUUUGGGAAGACGUUUUUCCCCAACAUAGAUAUGAAAUUCGUUGUUUAGUUUAGUUUUUGUUUUUUUCAGUCGUUUAGAUUAUCAAAAUUAUUUUGUAUUAUAAUUCUUCCAUUGUCUUAAUUAAUUCUUUCAAACGU